CCGAAUCCGAUGUUCAAAGUCCACGACGCGCGCUUCCGAAAGGAUCGUCACCGAACGCUAGAAUAUUGCGUCUCUUUCGGCAGCAAUGAUCGCCCGCGCUAUGUUGAGGGUACCGACCCUUCAAUAUCCGGCACCCAGUGGUAUAUCGCCAUUGAUCAGUACUGGAAAUGUCAUCCUCGGGGACGUAGCGGAUCGCUGCUUACACCGAUUGAGCAGAAUCCACAUAAGAAGAAGAAGGCACCAUAUUAGUACGAGAUAUCUCCUUCACCUUAUGGUCGAUCUGUAGUGGGGUUUGAAUGGGAGAAAGACAUGCGUUCCUUUAACUAUUAUGUUCACGAGUUCGGAACGAUGUACAGUCCGCGCCAUGUGAAGCGAAAACAGCCGACAAAGAUGGGACCGGAGUGGAAUGAAGCUCUGGAGGCCUAUUGGCGGAGGCUCUUCGAUACAUGGAAGAUGAUGCAGAAUGCCACGAUAUUGGCCGAGACA